AAAACAGGGACGCUGGAUACCCAGCGUGUAUGCUCGGAUAUCCCACCCUUAGACAUGACGCCAAUAAGCGUUGACGACGCCGAGCUCGCAGGAUUUUUUGGCGAGACGGCCCUGUAUGGUAUUUCAACAACAUUCCUUGUUGCAAGCUUGAUGCUGCUCCUGCGCGAGCGCAGGCCUGGGAGCCAUAGUAUAAGCCAGGUCACACUGAGGUCGUUGCUGGCGGCAAAUUGCUUUCUGUUGCUAUCGACGACCGCGGUCUGGUGUAGCGAUAUAUCGCGAAUGUGGGACGGUUGGGUGCUCACGAAGGGCAUCCCGGAAGGAUCUCUCCGAUUCUUUGCGAAAGUAUCCGAACCACGGAAUGUUGCAAGAACAGCUAUACUUGUUAUCGAAGCUGUCGUUCUGGAUGCAACACUUGUGUAUCGAGUCUAUGUUAUUUGGUCACAAAAAUGGCUUCCUACCUUGAUCCCCGCCCUAACAACCUUCGCAACGCUUGGCAUGGCGACGGCUCGAGCACUAUCUCAGGUCAAAUUUGGGGAGGAUAUCUUCAACUCUUCAACGGGAAGCUGGAUUGCCAGCACGUACUCUCUCACUCUGAGUACGAACAUCAUCGCCAUCGGUACGGACUUGGGGAAAUUCGCUAUUCCAAUGCUCGAUUCUGGCUUUGUUUCAGCCUUGGUUUCGUACAAAAUAAUCAUGCGGGAUCGGGCUAUGCAGCAAUUCUCGGCAGGACGAUUAUCGCCUCUCCUGCUCGUAAUUGUCGAAAGUGCUGCGCUUACGAGUAUAUUGAACCUCAUCACAUUGGUCACUUAUGAGAUCAAAUCUAACGUGCAACUCAUUUCAGCUGCGAUGACAGGUCCGAUGAUUGGUAUAUCUUUCGGAUUGAUCAUAGUCAGAGUCCGUCUGGGCGUUGUAAAACGCAAGCCAUCGGUAUCCACUCACUCUGGCACACAAAACUCGCUCAACAGCGUAUCCAAGAGCAGCCGUGCAAUGGAGGUCCAAAUCAUCAAAGAAACGCAGUUCGAUUCUACUGGAAACGAAACCCGUUACUGGCGAACACCGCAUUCUGCUGCCUUCAAAGACGUGUGA